AUGGUUGCCACAAAACGUUGUGCUUGGGGCACUUGUAGGAAUGAUUCUAGAUACCCACAUUUAUUAACAAAGAAUGAAAAAGGAGAUGAAGUCCGCUUUUAUCGUUUUCCUGCUCCUAAAAGAUGGAAAGCAUCAGCAGAAAAGAGAAAACGGUGGAUUGUAGCAUGUCAUCGGGGCGAUUCCUUUGUAUGCGGAAAAGACAGCUAUAUUUGCAGUCUACACUUCACUGAUAAGAAUGGACCUACACCAGAAAAUAUAUCCUGAUCCGAUAUCAGCUACAGCAAGUAGAGAAAAGGUAGGUAAUGAUUUUUUUCUUGCAUCUUUUUGUAAACAUUCACUCAACUACAUUUUGUUCUACGUGUUAAUAGGUAAAGCGAUUGAAUCGCAAACGUAAAGCUCCAACGGCACGUAUGAACGUAGAUACUACAAAAAUUAAAAGUCGAAGACACGAGAAAGAUGCAGUGGAAGCGCUGUUAGACCUUCACAAGUCGUUUAUGAAAUCAAAAUCUUUGGCAGAUGAGGAAAAGAUGGCUAUUGAAGGUCUCGUGAAUCCUAGGCUGACCAGUGAAUCUCCAGUGCCACAAGCCAAUACAACAGAUACACAAUCUAUUGCUAGUAUACCGACUCCCAGUUUAGAAGUUAGCGAAGUUGACAAUCUGUCUGCUGACAAGGCCAAACAAAAUAAACAAGAUGUUAGUGUACAGGUAUUAAAUAAACCCAUCUUAUUUAUAGCUAAUCAAGCGCUAAAUAAUAAUUGUAAUAUUAAUUAAAUUUUCUAGACCAACUUAAUCAAGCUAAAGAUAUUAAAAUGUACUCUGAUGAUAUUCUUAAAGACAGCCAGAUUCUUGGAAGAUAUUUGUUUAUGGCAGCAGUUGAUAACCCGAAAUUAA